AUGUCCAGCCUCACCUCCCCUUCGAUGAUGAUUGCUUCUGGCAAGGUCUCUUCCGCCACAGACCACGCAGUCAAGAAUACUGAAGAUAUUACUCUGCACCUGAAGUUUUGUAGAGAAUGCAUUGAGAACGUGAAGCUUGGUGACGGACAAGUCAUCUACGUACUCCAGACUUCUGCUGUCGACAGUGUCGUAGUCAAUAAAAUUCUCGUUGACCCUUUUGAGGUUGACAUUACCAUCGACACGAGUGCCCUGAUUGUCACAGUUCAAAUAUAUAUCGAUCUGCCCAUUGUUGGACCCCUCCUUCUCGCCCAGGCUAUGGGUGCUCUCAAGUUCAACAGCGACAUCGAAAUCAACUUCAAUGGGACGCCUGGAGACCUGGCGUCUGGGGUCGCCGGUGUCAAAAUGGAUGCGACCAACAAUGUUGUACUGUCCUGGGACUUUGCAUCUUUUGGAGUGGAGACGAAGGGUUCCUACAUCAUCGUCCAUAUCUGA